AUGGCGAGGACUAAGCAGACGGCGCGCAAGUCCACCGGAGGGAAGGCUCCGCGUAAGCAGCUUGCGACCAAGGCGGCUCGCAAGGCUGCGCCUGUGACUGCCGGUAUAAAGAAACCUCACCGUUACCGUCCUGGUACGGUUGCGCUGCGUGAGAUUCGGAAGUUCCAGAAGUCGACUGAGCUGCUGAUCAGGAAGCUUCCUUUCCAGCGUUUGGUGAGGGAGAUCGCUCAGGACUUUAAGGCGGACCUGCGUUUCCAGUCGCAGGCUGUGCUUGCGCUGCAGGAGGCGGCUGAAGCGUACCUGGUUGGCCUGUUCGAGGACACCAACCUGUGCGCCAUCCACGCGAAGCGUGUGACAAUCAUGCCCAAGGACAUACAGCUCGCUCGCCGGAUUCGUGGCGAACACGCAUAA